UAUCGCCCUGUCAGACUUCUAAGAUUUUGACUUAAUUUAACUGGCAAGCGCGGUGCCCACAGAAACGUUUACGGUUUUUGUCCAAUAAACAGUUGAUCGCUUAACUCUAGUGCUAAACACCUGACGUCUGAAGUUCAAGGAGUUCACGACCCACACGUGGAACAGUCUCAUCAGCGGCCACGGUUCUUAGCCACCUACAGGCAUGAUCGCCCAAAGAAACUCAUGAGGAGAAGAGUUUAUCAUCAGGAAUGUAGACUGACUCUGGGUACACAAGAUGGAAAGAUUAACCAAAAUCACUGCUCCUGCUGGAGAGAAGUUAAGGCAGCUUCAAAAGAUGGUGCAGGAUAUAAAGAAGAAUGAUGGAGGCAUUAUGAACAAGUUCAAGAAGUUUCAAAAUGAGCAAGUGGCUUUUAUACGCAAAACUGGAAAAAACACUUGGGACCGGAUAACCAACAAACCACCACCAACAGUGCCCAGAAGAGACUAUCCAGAUGAAGAUGAUGAAGAUGAACAAUGGUCAGAAACAGAAUUUGACAGUGAUUAUGAAAAUGCCGAUGACCACUCGGAAACCUAUGAAGUUCCCUUGGAGGACAAUGAUGACAGCUACGAACCUCCCCCUUGUGAAAAGGAGAAAAGGAACAUUACCUCUGUUUCAUCUCUGUCUAAGGGAGACUAUGCAGACAAAAGAACAGAAAGUUCAAGACUCCCUCCAAGGAAGCCUGUGCCCUCCAUCCCCAGACCCCAACAGCCAGUCUCUCCUCAGAAGCCACCCAAACCACAGUUACUUGUGAAGCCACAGAAGCCAGAGCAGGAUGAUGCUGAUUACAUUUGCCCAAAAGAAGAUGGAGAAGAUGACAAUUAUAUCGAGCCCUCUGAAAAGAGUUCUGUACAAGAUCCUCCUGCCGUUAACAGAGAUACAAAACCGACAAUAAAGCGCUCUCCACCUCCUGGAGGAACUCACGAGCCCACUGAGUUGUACGAAGUGCCAGACCUGGAGGUAAUACCUUCUGCAUUCAGCAGGGUAAAUGCUCCCACACCUCCGAAGGCACAGCCCCGUUCUGCUGGACGAGACGGCCCUCUCCCCAUCAGUCCCAGGCCCCCAAUCAAGAAAUUACCUGCUGCUUCUGAACCAGUAGAUGAAGAUGAAUAUGAAGUAUGUGAUCCUGAUAACAGCGAAAGCAGCCUUAAGUCACAGCCCAGCACCCUCCACUCACUGAAAACCCCAGCACCAUUACCACGAGAAGGGAAGAAACCAAUUCUGCCGGUAAAACCUGAAGAUCAAUCCAGUGGAUCUCUUCCUAGAAAAGAUACAGACGAGGCAAGGAAACCUGUCAUGAACUGGGAGGGUGAUGUUAAAGCCAGGCCCACGGCCAUGAAGCACAAUAACCUGAAUACAGCAACGGACCUCCCUCCCCCUGCUGCCAGAGCAAAGCCUCAGUUGUCUAAAGGAAUGAGCACAACCCCGCCAAAGCUUCCUUCAACUGUGGCUCGAGGGUCUCUGCCUCGAAAUGGGCCAACUGCUGCAGAACAGGAAGCAGGUGUUUACAGCAAAUCCUGGUACGCCAGCACUAGUGAACGGAAGGUUGCUGAAGACGCCCUUAUGAAAACAAAUAAGGAUGGAUCAUUUCUUAUCCGAAAAAGUUCUGGUCAUGAUGCUAAACAGCCAUAUACCCUGGUGGUAUUCUACAAAAAGAAGGUGUACAACAUUCCUGUGAGAUACAUUGAAUCUUCAAAGCAGUAUGCACUUGGAAGGGAAAAGGCUGGAGAAGAGUGGUUCAGCAGUGUGGCCGACAUGAUCGAGAACCAUCAGCACAACCCCCUUGUUCUGAUUGACAGCCAGAAUAACACCAAAGACUCCACAAAACUCAAGUAUCCUGUGAAAGUCUGACAGUUCCUGGGAAAGGUUGGGGCAGGGGUGGUCGGUCUGGGAAUUGCUUUGUUCCAGGCUCAUUUUUGUUGUUGCAAAAACAGAUUGACCUGGAACACACUGAAGACCUCAUUGCCAAAACAAAUGCCACCAGAACACACACUUUGCUCAGAUGUACUGACUGUAAUGUAAACUUAUAUUAUUUGUAAUAUUUUUUAGAAUUGUCACAGAAGAAAUCAGUCAAGCUUCUUACGGUGUACCAAAUAAAAUUAUCCCAAAACACG